CGGGAUUUUCGUUAUGACUCUUAAAUCUGGGCCUGUCAGUUUGGCUCAACGUUUUUGGUCUCUAGGUACAGCAUGGAGCUUACAAAGUUUAACCAAUCACAUAACACCAAGAUCAGGUUGCCGGGCAGAUUAUGCUAAUGAGACCCCGCCUUUUAUGCUGCUCCCACUCUGCGGCGGGAAGAACCACCUGGAGGCGGCGGGGGGGGUUGAUUUCCAUCACCCCUAGGGAGAGAAGAUCGGGGACCUGCUGAUCUUCCAGCUCCCCUCACCCAACGUCGUAGCUCCCCCCAACAGUCCGGAAGUCACCCACAAAGAGCGGAGAUAAAUCCCUGGUCACCCUUGAGCCACCUGCAGGGAGACACCAGAGAACAGAGAGAUAAGCUUCCUUCCACAAGCCUUCCCCUGAGGAAGACCAAAGAUCAUAGAGGCAUGUUGUAGAGAUCUUUCUGUCCUUCAUGAACACAUGUGUACUGGACAGAUGACUGUACUCCACCCUGGGCUGCUGCUGAUGCUACUGUAGGGGCUCAGACUUGGUGCUAUCCUGCAGAAGAUGGAUUCCAAAGAUGAAAGCUCACACGUGUGGCCAACAUCUGCAGACCAUGAACAGAACACUACACAGGUGCACUUUGUUCCAGAUGCUGGAACUGUGGCUCAGAUUGUCUACACCGAUGACCAGGUUCGUCCACCCCAGCAGGUGGUAUACACAGCAGAUGGUGCCUCCUACACGUCUGUGGAUGGUCCAGAGCACACACUUGUAUAUAUCCACCCAGUAGAAGCUGCACAGACUCUGUUUACAGACCCAGGCCAGGUAGCUUACGUCCAACAGGAUACUACAGCUCAGCAGGUGCUGCCUUCCAUUGAGAGUGUGGAUGGUUCCGACCCUUUGGCAACUCUGCAGAAUCCUAUUGCCAGAUUGGAGGCAAAAGAGGAAGAGGAUGAGGAUGAAGAUGAGGAUAGUGAGGAAGAGGAGGAAGAAGACGCCGAAGACACAGACUUGGAUGACUGGGAGCCAGACCCUCCCCGGCCUUUUGACCCCCAUGAUUUGUGGUGUGAGGAGUGUAACAACGCACAUUCUUCUGUGUGCCCAAAGCAUGGCCCCCUGCAUCCAAUCCCCAACCGUCCUGUACUCACCCGGGCAAGAGCGAGUCUGCCCCUGGUGCUCUACAUAGACAGGUUCCUCGGGGGAGUUUUCUCCAAAAGACGGAUUCCAAAGCGUACCCAGUUUGGCCCUGUGGAGGGGCCUCUGGUGAGGGGUUCGGAGCUGAAAGACUGCUACAUUCAUCUCAAGGUUUCUCUUGAUAAAGGGGACAGAAAAGACAGGGAUCUGCAUGAAGACCUGUGGUUUGAGUUGUCUGAUGAGACUCUUUGUAACUGGAUGAUGUUUGUGCGCCCAGCCCAGAACCACCUGGAGCAGAACCUGGUAGCUUACCAGUACGGCCACCAUGUGUAUUACACAACCAUAAAGAAUGUAGAGCCCAAACAGGAACUGAAGGUAUGGUAUGCUGCAUCCUAUGCUGAGUUCGUGAACCAGAAAAUUCAUGAUAUCUCUGAGGAAGAAAGGAAAGUUCUUCGAGAGCAAGAGAAGAAUUGGCCAUGUUAUGAGUGUAACCGCAGGUUUGUAAGCUCAGAACAGUUGCAGCAGCACCUCAAUUCUCAUGAUGAGAAGCUGGAUGUGUUUACCAGAACACGAGGGAGAGGAAGGGGACGAGGCAAGAGACGAUUUGGCCCAGGUCGACGGCCAGGGCGUCCGCCAAAAUUUAUCCGCUUGGAAAUAACCAGUGAAAAUGGGGAAAAGAGUGACGAUGGGACACAGGAAUUGCUGCAUUUUCCCACAAAGGAGCAGUUUGAUGAACCUGAGCCAGCUCCUCUGAAUGGGCUAGAUCAGCCAGAACAGGCUUCUGUCCCAAUUCCUCAGUUGCCCCAGGUUACCCCAUCACCUUUGGAGCAGGAACCGGAGACACCCACCCUGCAACUUCAGCCACAGCAGGAAGAGAGUACAAUGCCUGCCCAGAGCGCUUUGACAGCAGAUGACAUGCGCAGGGCCAAACGCAUCCGAUUGGAGCUGCAGAAUGCAGCUCUUCAGCAUCUGUUUAUUCGGAAGUCCUUCCGGCCUUUUAAAUGUUUGCAGUGUGGGAAGGCCUUCCGGGAGAAGGACAAACUGGACCAACAUUUGCGCUUCCAUGGGCGGGAGGGGAACUGCCCGUUGACCUGUGAUCUCUGUAACAAGGGCUUCAUCAGCAGCGCCUCCCUGGAGAGCCACAUGAAGCUCCAUUCGGACCAGAAGACGUACUCUUGCAUUUUUUGUCCAGAGUCCUUUGACCGCCUUGAUUUGUUGAAAGAUCAUGUGGCCAUUCAUAUCAAUGAUGGCUACUUCACCUGCCCAACUUGUAAGAAACGGUUCCCAGAUUUUAUCCAGGUGAAAAAGCACGUGCGCAGCUUCCAUUCAGAAAAGAUCUACCAGUGUACCGAGUGUGAUAAGGCCUUCUGUCGGCCCGACAAACUGAGACUGCACAUGCUCCGGCAUUCAGACCGCAAAGACUUCCUGUGUUCCACCUGCGGGAAACAGUUUAAGCGAAAAGACAAACUCCGAGAGCACAUGCAAAGGAUGCACAACCCUGAGAGGGAGGCCAGGAAAGCCGACCGCAGCAGCCGCUCCAAGACCUUCAAACCCCGUGUCACGUCCACUGACUACGACAGCUUCACAUUCAAGUGCCGCUUGUGCAUGAUGGGCUUCCGGCGGCGAGGCAUGCUGGUAAAUCACUUAUCAAAGAGACAUCCGGACAUGAAGAUAGAAGAGGUGCCGGAGUUAACCCUACCCAUUAUAAAACCCAACCGGGACUACUUCUGUCAGUAUUGUGAUAAGGUGUACAAGAGUGCCAGCAAGCGGAAAGCCCAUAUUCUGAAGAACCACCCAGGAGCUGAGCUUCCACCAAGCAUUCGGAAACUUCGUCCUGCCGGCCCGGGAGAACCAGACCCCAUGCUGAGCACCCAUACCCAGCUAACAGGCACCAUUGCCACCCCUCCUGUCUGCUGCCCACACUGCUCCAAGCAAUACAGCAGUAAGACCAAGAUGGUCCAGCACAUUCGAAAGAAACAUCCAGAAUAUGCCCAGCUCUCCAGCACUAUCCAUACACCCUUGACAACAGCUGUGAUCAGUGCCACCCCGGCAGUCUUAACAACAGAUAGUGCCACUGGAGAAACUGUGGUGACAACAGACUUGCUAACCCAAGCAAUGACAGAACUGUCCCAGACUCUAACAACAGAUUACCGAACGCCACAAGGUGACUACCAGAGGAUUCAGUAUAUCCCUGUGUCGCAGUCUGCUUCUGGUCUCCAGCAGCCUCAGCAUAUACAGCUCCAAGUGGUUCAGGUGGCGCCGGCCACUUCCCCACACCAGUCUCAGCAGUCCACUGUGGAUGUUGGCCAACUCCAUGAUCCUCAGACCUUCACGCAGCAUGCCAUUCAGGUGCAACACAUCCAGGUCACGGAGCCCACCACUGCAGCCCCAUCAUCUGCCCAGGUAGCUGGGCAGCCAUUAAGCCCCUCUGCUCAGCAGGCACAACAGGGGCUCAGCCCCUCCCAUAUGCAAGGCAGUUCUUCCACCCCAACGCAGGCUGUGCAGCAGCCCCAGCAGCAGCAGAAUUCCUCUGUACAACACACAUACCUCCCCAAUGCCUGGAAUUCCUUCCGUGGUUAUUCAUCUGAGAUUCAAAUGAUGACACUUCCCCCAGGUCAGUUUGUUAUAACAGACAGUGGUGUGGCAACUCCUGUUACUGCUGGCCAAGCAAAAGCUGUGACUACGGGUCAUUAUGUAUUAUCAGAAAGUCAACCGGAAUUGGAGGAAAAGCAAACUGCCCUCUCUGGUACAGUCCAGGUUCAGCCUUCUGCACACAGCGACUCCCUGGACUCCCAGACCACACAGUACAUCACCACCAGCAAUGGGAGUGGAAGCAGUGAGGUGCACAGCACUAAGCCCUAGCGCUCUCCCUGCAGCUGGGUGCAAGCUCUCACAUCAUGGCUUUUCUCCCUCGUGAACUGAAGCUUCUGAUGCCUCGGCCUUUCUUUAACAUUUAUUGCUCACUCCAGAGUUGGGAAACUACAGUUUUGACACACAUGACAGGGGUCAUUUUGCCAAGGUCAUUUUUACCAAAUUGACUCUUCAAGCCCUUGGGGUUUCUGCCAUGGAAUGUAGAUCUUUCAGGGGAAAGUAGAUUUCAAGAUGGAGCAAUUUUGCCUUGCACUUGAGCUGGAUUUCAAGCACACUGACAAGUCUUACUUUCUUGUUGUGAUAAUAUUAAGCGGCAUAUUGUGUUCAUACCAAAGGAUAUACUAAGUCCAUAGUCAUUGAACAGAAUUGUCAUCAAAGGAGGACCAUUUCAUAGAUGUGAAUUGGGUCAGGACUGCUUUAUGUUGUGCAUUUGAAUUUUCAGUAAUUUAACAAAGGCAGCUUUUGUGGGGGAAAAGUGAAAAUAAUGAGACAAAAUUUUGACACUGGUUUUCUGUCAUCUAAAUUUGUCUUAUUCCUGAUUCCUGUCAUCUCUCACUCCUCCCCUGUCUCCUAUCUUCUCUUUCUUGCCCUACCACCCAUAUGGGUCUUGCUGUGCUGCCCAGUGUAGGUGAGCUCCUGGCCUCCUCAGGUUAUCUUCCUGCCUCAGCCUCCCAGGUAGCUGGGACUAUAGGUAUGUACCACCAUGAUGGUGGGUUUUAAACUUUCCUAUUUUGGAAAACCCCUUGGGCACUUGGUAGUACUUUCCACAGAUGCUGUCCUUGGCAAAUCAGACAGAACAUGAUGGUUCCUACUUUUAGUGUUCCACACGCCUGCAAUCCCAGAAAAGGAAAGGUUCCUCAAAGUCAGCAGAAUUUAAACCCCUGCAUUAACGCUUUGCCUCCUAGUCUCUGGUUGUAGUUGUAUUUAAGGAGAUACUGGUUGUAAGAAAAAGUACUAGGUGUGUGUGUGUGUGUGUGUGUGUGUGUGUGUGUAUGUAUAUGUAUAUGUAUAUGUAUAUGUAUACACACACACACACACACACACACGCCUCACCCCCAGACAAAGAGACAGACGAACUGAAAUUCUAUUACCAUUUGUUGGUAAGGGAUGAACUACUUGCUCUUACUAGGCAUAUUUUUAACAACUCCCCUCCCCCACUGCUAGGGGUCAAACCCAGGGCCUUGUGCAUGCUAGGCAGGUACUCCAUCACUGAGCUACCACUGCAACCCCUACAUUGAACCCUUGUUCACAGCAUUCGGUGUAUUUUAGUACUUUUAAUGCUAUCUUAAAAUGAACAUUCUUUAAAGUUGGAUGGAAAGGUGGUCUUUCUUAUUUCUAACCAUUUUUAACUUUAAAUAUAUUGUAACUCAUCCAGACUUUUGUGAGAUGACCAACUUCUCACUUAGGGGAAAAUAACAAUGUGGGACCGUUUGUAAUUCAUGAGGUAACUGAAGGAUCUGAAUGAACACUACCCUCUUAGGAGAGGAGACUCAACUUGCUUUGCUAAUGGUCUGUGUACUAUGUGUUCCUGUUUGGGAAUCGUGUUGCUGUGAAUCCAGUGGGGAAAAGUAUUUCCCUUCUUUUUACUGUAUGUCCCAACUGUACCCAUAAAACAUCUCAAAAGUCAGUAGGUAUUUUAACAACUUUUGUUAUAUACAUUUUUAGAAUAAUUACUGUAUAGUGAUUUUAUCACUCCAGAUCAGAAAGAUUUAAGUUCAUUUCAAAUAAAGUUAACAAAUUCUUUUACUUUUCUUUCUGAGUGAAAACUGGUUCUAUGAAUUAAGAAGUAUAGUAGCUUCUUUAUGGUACACAUGGCUUUUUGGCAAAUAGGCAGUUCUUUUGAACUGACUUUAUUAAUAUGUAGAUAUUAUACUUUAUUUUUAAGACCUUAUUUGAUAGUUAUGUCUAGCAAUUUGGGCAUUAAGAGAACUUGAGAAAGUUGUCUAAAAAUUGUGUGGAAACUGAAAAUGGACUCUAUGUCUUUGGCAAUAAACAGGAAACAAUAGUUCAAGAAAAUGUUGAUCCUGAGUUCCCAAAUACAUAGUGUGGUUCCCAGAGCACCACCAUGUGAUGACUGUAAAUACCCUAAAGUCUAGUCUAGAGAGGCUUGCUAGGGUGAGGAAUUACACUGGACUUCCGCAAAGGUCCAGGUUUAGUUUUUGUAACUUAAAUUUGGCAUGUUGGGUUCUUUUUAAUUUGAACUAUCAAGGUAUCCCCCCAUCUCAGGAAUAACCUAGUGAUUAAAAUAAAAACUAAUCACUGAAUGGAAUGUUCAUUUUAUACCAGCUAUUUUUAAGUUCUCAAAUCUACAGAGGAAAAUACUGUUGAAGAGCCUUUUCAUUUUUCUCUCUUCUAAGUUUCUCCUCUCCUUUUUGUUCUUUACGUGGAAUAAAUAAAUACUAUAACUUAUGUGUCAUCAUCCAGAGAUGUAAGUGACAAUGAAGACAGUUCCACUUUAAGAUCAGGCACAUUCAUCCCAAGGUAAUAGAUUUCAAAAGGACUUGGAUUUGAAGAGAUGGCUGAUUAUUAUCCCUUUGAAGACCCAAUUUUGGAAAAAAUGUGUGUAGCCAAUUUUUAUAUGGUGGUCUCCUCCAAACACCUUGACACCAGAGACUACAUUCAGUACAGUGUGAAUAUUGUGGAGUGGGCUGGAUAUAGAUUUUACAUUUGUAUUAUUUAAUUUGUGCCCAGAGAAAUGGACAUUUUAUCAUGUAAGAUUUAUGUUCUUCUGGAAAGACUUUCUGUUUUGAUGUUCUUGAAUUAUUUUCAGACCUGGAAUUAUCCUUUCAAAAAAAGUUUUAAAAUUUCUACAGCUGAAAAGCACUUCAUGCAAUUGUAAAGCUGACCCAGUGAUUGAAAAUGUUGACCUUGUCCUGUUAUUUAAAUGUGAACAUUUAUUGUACAGUCAGUGAGAUAUAGUGUUAAUAG